GGAGCACUUCCUGUUGUAUUUGGAACCUCAUAUGAAGCACUUUUUCACAGGGCUCACCUGACAUCUGGUCAGGUAUUGCUGGUCCUUGGUGCAGCUGGUGGUGUUGGCCUUGCUGCUGUCCAGAUUGGCAAGGUUUGCGAUGCCACUGUUAUUGCUGUUGCUCGAGGAAUGGAAAAGGUUCAAUUUUUGAAAUCCUUGGGUGUUGAUCAUGUGGUAGAUUCGGGUAGUGAGAAUGUAACUGCAAGUGUGAAGGAGUUUCUCAAGACAAGGAAGCUCAAAGGAGUUGAUGUUCUUUAUGAUCCUGUUGGAGGCAAACUUACUAAAGAAAGUAUGAAGCUCUUGAAUUGGGGGGCACAAAUUUUGGUAAUUGGAUUCGCAAGUGGGGAAAUCCCUGUCAUCCCCGCAAAUAUUGCUCUUGUUAAGAACUGGACGGUGCAUGGACUCUACUGGGGUAGCUACAAAAUACAUCAACCAGGUGUACUUGAAGGUUCUCUUAGAGAAUUACUCUCCUGGAUGGCAAAGGGCCUAAUUACUGUCCACGUUUCUCAUACUUACAGACUGUCAGAGGCCAAGCUCGCCUUCUCCAUGAUUAAAGAUAGGAAGGCAAUUGGGAAGGUGAUGCUUGUUUUGGAUGAUAAGAGAAGCUCAAGAUCUAAACUGUAAGUCAUUAAAGAUUUACGGCGAGGAUUUAAAUCUUGCAUGAGAGGAUGUCAUUUGUAAAUCUUGCAUUCCCAUUUAUUUUGUGAAUUCACUGGCAUCAUAACAAGAAAUGUCGAAUAUACUGUAUCUUGCAUAUUUAGCUGUUUUACAUACUGUAUCUUGCAUGUUGAACAAAAUCAAGUCAGUGUGUAUUAUCAAUUCCUAGCAUUUGGAUA